AUGUUUUCUCGGCGAGGACCUUCGUGGAGCAUCUUGGAUAAUCGCGAUGGCAAGCCGCUUGGGUUGCUGUCUGAGUCAGCUCGCCCUCGACCGCCCCGCGAAGCGAAGGCCGAGGCCUCCCCUCCCUGCCCCCUCCCCGCCGAAGCGAAGGUAGAAGGCCUCCCCUCCCUGCCCCCUCCCCGCCGAAGCGAAGGUGGAGGGCCUCCCCUCCCUGCCCCCCUCCCCAGGGAGCAAGGGAGGGGCAGGGCUCGAGCUGCGCGGUGUCUGGGCGAUGCCGUGGACCGCCUCCGUUUGGACGCCGCUUGGCAGCAGAGGCAGGCCGAACACAGAACGAGAGGCACUGCUCAGCUCGAGCCCCGGGAAGCGGGAGGGGGUGGCGCCAGGGGCCUGGCCCUGUGCCUGCGCGGCCGCGUGGGCUGGCGCACGGGCCUGCUGGCGUUCUCGCUGUGGCCCCUGAGCGGCGUCGGCGUCACCGCCGGCGCCCACCGCCUCUGGUCCCACCAGGCCUACAAGGCGACGCCCCUCAUGGAGGCGCUUCUGGUGGUCCUGUUCUCGCUGGCGGACCAGGGGUCCAUUCAAGGCUGGACGCUGACGCACGCCAUGCACCACAGCUCCAGUGACACUGACAUGGACCCCCAUAACCGAAAGGACCCGACCCACGACUCCGACGUCGUGGGGAGGCGGAUCAGUGUCGGGCUGUGGGAGCUGGCGCUGCACCUCUUGGCGGCGCCCUGCGUGCUCCUCCCGCUGUUCCACCAGGUCGCUCGUGACGGUCUUUUUCGUGUCGUUGGUCUUCGCCGCAGGGCGGCGGCUUGCACGGGGCCGCACCGCGUGGCAUUCGCGCUCAUGCUCGCGCGCGUUCUCAAGAAGCGCGUCAGGUCCCUCCCCUACACUGUCGAGCUGUUCGUGGUCGUGGCAGCGCACGGCAGCGUCCUGGUGGUGCAGUAUUGCUUCAAGUUUUUUGCCAUGUCCACGCUCGCCGCUAUGCCCGCGAGCCUACUCAAGAAGUUCGUGCUGCUCGUCAGCAAGGUGCUGGGCGUCGCUUACUGGGACGGCGCGGACGACGUCUACAACUUCGACGCCGGCGCGCACGACGUGGGGCCCCGCGUGAGUAUUCUCACGACGAUACUGGCGCUCGGCGAGGGCUGGCACGACUACCACCACAUGUUCCCCUGGGACUACGCGGCCGCCGAGCUCGGCUCGCUGGACCAGUGGAACCCCACGAAGGUGUUCAUCGACCUCUGCUGGACCGCGGCGCUCCGCGGGAGCACGGCGGGCGUCCGAGGGGGGGCGAGGGAGGGAUCGGUGGGAGGGGCGCUGAGGCUCCUCCUCCUCCUCCUCCUCCUCCUUCUCCUCCUCCUCCUCCUCCUCCUCCUCCUCCUCCUUCUCCUCCUCCUCCUCCUUCUCCUCCUCCUCCUUCUCCUUUUCCUCCUUUUCCUCCUUUUCCUCCUCCUCCUCAGAUCGUUCCAGGGCGUGUUCUGGAAUGCUCUGGAAAGGCCGCGGCGCAUCCUGGAGACGCGUCAGGUCUCAGAGGUAUCCGAGGUAUCCUCGUCCGCAAUGUAUCGUUGUCUCGAUUAG